ACAACAAUAAACAAUUUUAUUACUGAUUGUCAAAAAGUAAAACCUAUAUUUUAAUUUGUUGCAAUAAAUAAAACUAAAAUAUGGUUUAUAUACAUUUUCCAACAACUUUAACUGAGGAAGAACACAUGCUGCAAGCCAAAUACCAAAAGUUGAAGAAAAAGAAAAAAGCCCUGCAAGCGCUAAAAGCACCAAAACCAGAGCCAGAGAAGCCACUAACAUUAAAGCGUCCAACAGAUGCGCGUGAUGCACGCGAAGUAGCGCGUAAAUUAAUCAAAAGUGGCGCAAUACCAGCCAUACAAAAGCAGCAAACUAAGCAAGACCAAACUUCGUUUAAGCGCCCGAAAGGACAAGAGCGUGCCAAGCGUGCGCCCGAAACCAGUGUCGCGGCCUAUCAACCAUUCUCAUCGACACAAAAUGAUGUGGCCCAAGAGACCAUCAUUAGUGAAAUAAUUAAAGAAGAGCCGCGUAUGCAAAAUCUUUAUCAACAUUUCGCUACCGAACGCGAUCGCAAAGAACGUGGCCUAAAUGAAAAAGCGCCAUUGGAUUCAACACAACCAGAAAAGCCACGCACGGGCAAUACAAUUUUCGUGUCGGGUAAUAAAGUCACCGAAGAGUUUCUGAAAAAGACUUUCAACGAUUACGGCACAAUUGUUAAUGUGUCCAUGGAAAUUGAGAAGAGUCGCGGUUUUGUUUCGUUUGCUAAACCAGAAUCAGCUGAUCGUGCCAUUGCCGAAAUGCAUGGUAAAAGUGUUAACGGCAUUAAUUUGCAAGUGCAACUGGCACGUCGGCAACCACAAAUUGAGCCUAUAAAUGAUGCUUCCUCAUCGGCGGUGUGGUCAUCUAUUGCUGCGAGUGAUUCGCAAAAAGGCAGCCACAAAGACGGCCGUGAGAUGGUGCAAUAUGACGAGGACUUUUUAUUGCAAACUAGUUUUGAUUAAAUAGUGUUUAAAAAAUAUUAAAUAUAAUAUAAUAACUAAGUAAUAAGUAAAUCUCCACCAGCGUUAGCAGCAAUAACUUACCAGCAAACUCACUUACAGUUAUCAAGCAAAUAAUGAAGAUUUUCUGCUUUAAGGUAGGCAAAGGCCAACAAUACGUACUCAAGUAGUUUGUUUGAACUUUAGUUUAUUGAAAAAUUUUACACUUUCAGUAUUUCUAAAUAUGAGUGUGUAUGAAUUUUGAAUAUAAUUAUUUAUAAAUAAUAAAUAUUGUAGUUUAGUUAACAAUAAUGCAUAAAUUAUAAGCGAUCAAAUUAACACAUAAACUAUUUGAUUGCUUACAAUUAAUAAAAAAAUUAUAAAUAAUAAUAAUAAAAACAUCUCCGAUUACUGCAAAUAUUAAUAAAUUAAACAAACUUAUAAAAAAGAGUAAUAGAAAACAAUAACGGUACUUGUUACGGCAACAAACGUACUCGUAUAUAUGUAGUAUGCGUUGGUGCCAUCAAUAAUAACAUGAUUUUUGAAAUUUUUUGGUACAUUAUGAAAAUUUCAUUGCAAAAAUAUAUAUGUUUGUAUGUCUGUAUAUCCUAUUAUUCGUAUUUACAUACGUAAAUACAUAUGCAACAUACUUUCAUUAGCGUUUGUUAGUUCUGUAAAAAUUGCUUAUUGCAUAUUCGUCGCACCUUCGUUUAAUGAAUUAUUUAUUUAUUUUUCGUACAAAAUGUUGUAACAAUUUAGUUAAAUUUUACUUCGUCGUCGCUUAGUGAACUUGUCGCCGAAACCAGUGCAAAGACUCAGCUGGUAUCUCAAAGCAUACCGAGCAAGCGUUGCUUCGUUCCCUGAUAUUCAUAACUCUUGUUUAUGUACUCUAUAACGGUUCCAAAAGUUUUUAUGUAUUUUUCGUACAUAUUCAAAUUUCCAUAUAAAACAUAAAAUGCAACAACAACGAUCGUUUAGCACACGCUUCUGGUUUUUUGGGCAAAACGCAUACGACGCCUGCAAAAAGAGGAACUAAAAAAGA